CAGCAGAUGCCGAUGACCUCAGGAAGCUCAUCAUGGCAGACCAAGCUCCCACGCUCGAUGAUAUUUCUGCAGACCAACUCACGCUCUGGCGGGUCUCGGUCUCAACUGUCGCGAGACUGAUAUUUUCGAAGAGAUGCCACCGAAGAAAACGAUUCACAUCAUUGAGCAGCGACCAGUAGCAGCCCAUGCAUCCCUCCCCACUCGCGUCCCAGUCCAUCCCUUGCUGUCUGAACUUGAAAGCCUCAAAAUGGACCUCCCAAUAUUACCUAUCAAACAUGCAACCCAAUAUUACCACGGCAUCAGACCCCGCCGUUACUUCAUCAGCCUCGACCUCGGCCGCAUCGACUGAGUCAACUACUUCAACGCCCUCAAGUUCCAAGCGUCUAUCCGUGAUUUUGGGUGUAGCGUUGGGAGUCAUCCUUGUAUCGGCGGCCAUUGGUGCCAUCGUUGUCUACCGCAAGUAUAUCAAGCGUCCCAGCGUCUCACCCUCUGGCUUUUCACUCAAGGAGACAAACGCCGACGGCUCUCCGGACGACCCAUACAAGGCAGAGAUUGGUCACCAGCACAUGUUCAAUUACAAGGCUGACGUCAGCGACGAUAACGACCCCCAGCACAGAAGCCAUCAGUCUCCACAUUCGGCUUCGCGAGGGCGGCUCCACGGCAUAGGGCGCACCAACAAUGGACCGUAUCGGUCUCCUCAGCAGCUGAGUGUCUCUGCAGAGGAUGCAGCCAGGGGACGGAACGUGCAAGAAGGUCCUUACGGAGCACAGCGUUACUCACAGCAUCAACAUCCCCAUGCCAUCGUCCAUGGCCCGCCAGAGCGGCCUGACAGUAGCACAGGAGAGGAAAUCUACCGCGCACGACCGAUCUCGCUGCAUCCUCAUGCCUACAUCGAGGGACCGGUAACAGAAGACGAUUUCCUAGAGUGCUACUAUGGCCCAGAGCUUAUGUCGAGUUCCAUUCCGAGCAAUACCACUCCACGCUAUACUGAGUCGCUACCCCACUACACGCGCAAACCCUCCAGAGACCGGCCCAAAGCUAACCGUAAAAAAAUGACAACAAUACAGUAACAAUAACAAUAACAACAAUACAAUAGUAUAGUAAUGCAGGAAUGAAGCACAUAUGGCUACGAUUUUGAAUUCUCGGAAAUUGGUCCGUUGCUUUCACCAC